AUGUCCCUGCCAUUGAAUACCCUAUCGGCUGUCACGCCUAUGCGGACCCUCUCGACGCCCGUCUCUGAUCUUCCCCAGGCCGAAGUGGAUGCCAUUAUUCGCACCAAGCGCAAAGCUCGUGAGCCCAAGGCCUGCUAUCCCUGCCACACUCGCAAGGUCAAAUGCGAUCGAAAUCUCCCGUGCGAUGGCUGCGUCAAGCGAGACCAUGCGGAUCUCUGCUCGUACGAACGGCCCUCCAAAAAGCGCCAGGUACUUCCUCAAUCCUUUGUGAAACCAGAAGGUGGCGAUGGCGGGACCGCUGCAGUUGGGGUUGGAAUCGCCCAACCCAUGGCUUCCAUUGAUCAAAAUAGGGUGUCUUUGUCAAAAGACGAAUGGGACAAUGUCUGCUUGAAACUGAAAGAAAUGGAACAGACGAUUUCGUCGCUUCGCAUGGGCCUGGAGCGCGCAGACUUUGCGCCUGGUGCAUCGUCGGAUAUCCGAAGCGACCACAUGUCCGCGGGCCAGGAGCCUCCUUCGCCUGACAGAGAAGGCAUUCACGCGGCUAACGGGCUGGGGAAUGGAACAAUCCAUUUGGGUUCGAGGUCCGUGCUUGCUUACAUCCUGGCUGGCUCCGGCACUUCGCAAGAGGCCGCUCAGGCCAUUAGCGAAGGAGGCAUUCUCCCAAAGCUGGGCCUUGACAACGAAUUGGUUACGUAUCCUUUUAUCGAUCUCUGGUCUUCGAACAGUUCCACGUUUGAUAUCAAUGCUGUUUGCAGCGCGCUGCCAGACGACCAACAGUGCUACAGGAUCUUCCCAUUCAUUUCUAUUGCUAAUGGGGUCUCUCUUUUCCCAAUGAUCAGACUUUCCAGUUGUUAUCGUGACAUUGGAGCUACCCUGUAUCCUGUCAUACCAGAUAUGAGCAACUUUGAAGAAAACCUACAAAUGUUCCUCCGGAAUAGAGCCAACGGGGUUACUGCAGAGGCUAUCGAUAGGCCAUUCGGAAUGAGCAUAGCAUUUAUAGGCCUCUUAUUUGCUGUACUUGCUGCGGGCUGUCAAUCGUCUGAGAUGCCAGGCAAAGAGCGAGAGCUGACUUCUCAGGUUUACGUUUGCUGCUCCUACCAAUGCUUACGGGCAAUGAACUUUGUAUCACAGCCCAAUUUACAAGCGAUUCAGACGUUGCUUAUCAUCGGGAAUGUGCUUUCUUAUAAUAUGAAUCCGGGAGCGUCCUAUGUUCUUUUAGGUAUGACUUUGAGAAUGGUGAUAUCUCUUGGCCUCCAGGUUGAGUCCCACAAAUUCUCCCCCACCGAGCAACAUAUCCGAAGGAAAGUAUGGUGGUCAACUGCCUGGCAAGAUAGUCACUUUUCAUUGUCCUACGACCGCCCGUCGACAAUGGCGUUUGGCCAUCCCGAUAUACCUUACCAGGCAGACUCAAAGCCCGGCAACCGGUCCUUCUUCGAAACCCUUUGUAGGAUAAUUGCCUUGACUCUUGAAAUCGUUCGCAGUCGCAUGAUUGCUCCCCAGGCUCAGAUGAGCUUUGCCGUCAUUCGAGCCUAUAGGGAAGAGAUCAAGCGAAUCAUGGCCGAUGCUUCCCCGCACCUGAGAGACCCGAAAUUUUGCACCACGGCAAAAGAGAACCUGCAACGAAUCGGCUUAAAGUUACAUUCUUCCUAUCAGAAAGAGUGCAUCAGCACUCAGCAGAUCCGUGAAGCCUAUGUAGAACUACAUGCAGCUAACCCGCAAGCUUCAAGAUCGUGGAUUAGCAUGCAACGGACGAUUAGUUCCGCAUUCCUUUUGGCCGUCCUGGAGGAAGCCAAAUCCGACCCACAAAUUCGCUACCUGCUUCUACAACUGGAACAUGCCAUUGCCGAACGGACUGCAGCGGACGCCACAGACAAAGCUGCUACACGUUGCACUAGUAACCCUGUGUCUGAAGGCUCGCCCCAUCUUAUCAAUGGUGUGACAAACAUUCCCACGUCAACGCUGGAUCCGACACAGAUUUCAACGACGUCGACAGUGCCUGCCUCUGUUGCUUCAGACACGGAAACUCAAUGGCAGAGGCCGCUCACAAAGUCGCUCCGCGCUUUGCAAAAAUUGAAUGCGGCAUUCAGCAUGCACAGCAGACAGCAGGCGCAGCCUCUCGGAACACUACCACCUAUUUCUUCGACGCCAGGUGUUAGUGUGAAUGUUUCUGGCUAUGUUACGCCAUCAGGGUCUGUGAGUGGGCUGAGUAGCCAGUUAAACGCCCCGCGGGGUAGCUCCCUGCCCCCGCCGACGCCAGAGAGUUCCGGAAGUUCAGAAUGGAAUCUUCCAAACUUGUUAGACCGCGCUGCGGAAUACAUCCAUCCUCCGCUAUGGCCAUGA